AUGUUCUUCAUUUCUAGUCGACACGGCGAACCAGCCUGGGAUACUAUUACAUCCUCUCCGCAGCCUCCACAAUGGGCAAAGUCCGUGGAAUGGGCCAAGGCUGAUAUCCUGAAACCGGCCACCUACAAGCCAUUCCUCAAAGAUACUUCUGCGGUCGUCCAUUCAAUGGGAAUACUACUAGAAGCGAAUUACAAAGGCAUUUUACAGGGGAGAGAAUCGAUAGUGUGUGGACUACGUAAAAUAUUCGCCCCAUCUCGGCCUGGGAGCCAGAAUCCUCUACAAAGGAAAGAAGGGGAAGAGCUUCUUUCUGGAGAAUCGGGCGGCCAGUUAACAUAUGAACUUAUGAAUCGGGACUCAGCGGUUGCCCUAGCUCAAGAAGCUUCAUACGAGCAUGUCCCGACUUUUGUCUUCAUAUCAGCCGCUGCCGGAGCUCCUAUGGUUCCGGAAAGAUACCUCACAACAAAGAGAGAUGCCGAAGCUCUCAUAUCGUCUAAUCUCUCUGACCUCCGCAGUAUUUUCAUGAGACCGACUUUCAUGUAUGAUUCGUCACGUAAAUUGACUCUGCCGAUUGCGCUGGGCGGGAUCAUGGGUUCGGAAGUGAACGGGCUCCUUGGCGGAAGGCUCUCGUCCCUAGGAAUGAUGACCGCGAAGCCGCUGAACGUCAACAUUGUAGGUGAAGCCGUGGUGGAGGCUAUUGGUGACGACGAUGUCCAGGGUGUCGUAGGACUCAAAAAGAUUGAGACUCUAGCAACGAAAGGUUGGAGGCGAUCGAUGCUUUAA